AAGGCGCUAACUUGCCAUCAGGAGCAACUUGGGGUUCAGUGUCUUGCCCAAGGACACUUCGGCAUGUGGAGUCAUGUGGGCCGGGAAUCAAACCACCAACCCUACGAUUAAUGGACAACCCACUCUACCACCUGAGCUAUAUAUCAUGAUCACAAUAUGGAAGUGCAUUAAAAUGGAAACUAAAUGGUGCUAGGCAUCCAGGGUUUAAUCUAAUCAACUAUCAUGCAAGAAUCUCCACAGUCUGUUGAGUGUUGAUAAGCUGGUAGGUUUCUUCAUAGCACAUUAUAGACAAGUGGGAACCUAAUUUCAAUGAAAAGAACUAAUACUUAAUGACUUAAUCGUCGACAGUGCAUUCUCAUUUUCAGCUUGUAAGCCUACACAUACUAAAAUAUACACAUACACCUACUCAUUAUAUACAUAAUAGACAAUUAGGAUAAAAUAUGCUCUGUAUAUGCUUUAAAAUACAAUCAUCUUUAUCAUGUCAGUGAAUUUAAAUGAUUCAAUCACAGAUAAAUAGGCCUUGUAUGGACUGUGUAAACAGGGAUUAGUAAACUGAAAUAGGUGCUAAAUGCUGCUCUGGAUGAGGGAUUUUUGUUUCAUCUUAGUUGAAGUGUAAACAAUUAAAAAAACAAAUCCUCUAAAGUUUGUGUGAGCAUCUGAUAAAAUGGCCUCUUGUGGAACCUGUUUGGUCCUGUAGGUUCAGGUAGGGAGAGCUGCCAACGUCGGAGAUGGAAGAAGAAAAGGAGGGGGAGGAUUGGCAUGGCUCAGCUCUCAUGGUUGCCAGAUUUCGCCUUUUUAAAUUCUUGUUGCUUUAUGUUUAGCUCUCUUUCAAGUUGUAAAUAGUCUCGUACAGGUAACCGCGAACUUUGCUUAGGUGUAGCUCGGAUUGAGUGGUAUGGGGGAUUAGUUUUGUAAUACGUGUGCGAGAGAUGGGGAACAGUCAUGGCGCAUCUGGCAACCAGGGUCUUAGUGGCUUUUAGCCUAGUUGAUGAGCUGUUAGACACGUGGAUGGAUGGGGGGCUGUAUCGUGCUUUGAAAUGGAAAUUUGAACAUUGGGGUCUGAACAAUCCAGCGUUUAAAAAGUUUUAAUUUUAUUUACUUGAGUGACAUAUUCACAUGCAUUUAUUUCGUCAAAUGAACUGCAUUAUAAACCGACCUCGUGGCAACCUUGUGCACAUCAUCACGUUUCUAUCCAUCCAAAAUGAGUGCGUAAAAUAUGAGUGCGUUUGAUCAAUAUUUUACGUGCGAACUCUUUAUUUGUCAUAUUGACCAAAUAUUUUGGCUCACAAGUUAUAUAAAUGUUAAUAGGGCAUAAUGCAGAGAGGGUAGAUUAGAUGCCACAGGUGGGUUUCCUCUUUUUAUUGUUUGAACAAGUUGAGUUUUCUUUUCGAGAGAGAGAGAGAGAGAGAGAGAGAGAGAGAGCGAGAGAUGCUUGGAGCAGCCUCGGUCCCCUUGGAGACUCCGGCAGGAGCGCAACACGUGAUGAGAGAGAGACACCGAGAGAGAGAGCGAGAGAGAGAGAGCUGAAGAGGACGCGCGGAGAGAGAAGAGAAGAGAAGUGAGGAGAGGAGAGGGGAAAAAACCGACUCGGAGUGCGUUUUCCUCUCCUCCCACCCUGACACAUCUCGAUCUCGUCCUGUGGGGGGGAUUCAGAAGAAGAGGAGGAGAGAAAACACGGACUUAACGAACUUUUUGCACAUCCUCGGGAAACGCCAUUUUGAUUCCUCUCCGGAACAGCUUUGCUUCUUUCCCCCCUCUCUAUAUCUCCUUCUCUCUUUCUCUCCCUCUUUCCCUAACUCAUCAUCACUCCCAGUCCCACACUCCCUAACCAUCAUCAUCAUCAUCCUCAUCCUCCUCCUCCUCAUCAUCAUCAUGUCUCGGCGAAAGCAGCCAAACCCCAACAAAGUCAAGCUGAUGGAGAGUUCAGCAGAGGAGAAGAAGACCAGGGAGGAGGUCAGCUCUGCCAUCGGCACCAUGGAGGCCGAGCAGACGGAGGAGAGAGAUCGACACGCUGCGAGUCCGAGAAAGUCGGCGGCGAGUGUUGCGGAUGCACAGAUCCGUGCGGAGAAAGGGAAAGAGGGAGUGGAUGGAGCAGACCUGUCAUCCAUCACCUCGAUGAUGAGCACUGUGAUGAAAGCAGCUCAGCUGAAUGGAGGGGUGGUGGUUUCCAACAAAACCCCCGCCAAGACUUCCAGUAAGAGCCCCAGCGCCAGCCGGUACGCCAGGAAGAGUCAGGAUGCCAAGGAUGACACCUCGUCUUUCAUCUGCCCACUGUGUGACAAAAAUUGUCAAACUCAGCACCAGUUUACGAUGCAUAUUCGCCAGCAUAACACUGAUACUGGAACUUCAGAUCACUCGUGCAGUAUCUGUGGAAAGAGCUUGAGCUCGGCCAGCUCUCUGGAUCGCCACAUGUUGGUGCACAGCGGUGAGAGGCCAUACAAAUGCUCUGUGUGCGGCCAGACCUUCACCACCAACGGCAACAUGCACAGGCACAUGAAGAUCCACGAUAAAGAUUCUUCCCUCUCCAGCUCCACCAGCCCUCCACCAUCCGGUAAACGGAAACGCCCCUCUGCUGUUAUUUCCAAGAAGAAACCCAGCCAUAGUGAUGAUGGAGAACAAGCUGAUGAGCCAUCCAGCAAAAAGCAGGUUUUAGAAGAUGGUGGAGUGGAUGACCAGACUGUGAGCAAGGAGCAGGAGGAGCAGCUACCAUGCCCCAUUUGCUUCAAGACUCUCAGCUCCAAAUAUGAACUGGAAACUCAUAUGGAAAUCCAUCCUGACACUGCAUUCAGGUGUGAUCAUUGUUGCAUCUCAUUUCGGACACACCGAGGUUUGCUCCGUCACAAUGCUGUCAUCCAUAAGCAGCUGCCAACUGACCCCAGUGGACGCCCAUUCAUUCAGAACAACCCCUCCAUACCCUUAGGCUUCAACGAUCUAGCUUUUAUUGAUUUCUCCUGCCACAAAUUUCCUGACAUUGCCCAGGUUUGGUGUGAAACCAAUCUACGCCGCUGCGCCAGCAAGCUUCAUCGAUUUGUGUGUGAGACCUGUGAUAAAGCUUUCCCUUUAAAUGCGGCAUUAGACUUGCACAAGUCCACACAUGACACUUCUGAAACCAAGGAAGAGUCUGUUUCCACCCAGCCUUCCAGUACAGAGUCCCCCACAUCUGAGAAAAGUAGCUUCAUGGGCUCUCUGGGUUUGCAACACAUUUCUCAGGUCAAACCUGUACCCUCAGAGGACGAUGUCUUGCAAGCAAAGCUAGACAGUAUCCGAGUAAUUCAUGUGGAGCCAUCAUUGGUCCAAAAGGAGUCUAGCUUUCUUGGUGAGAUUAGCUUGUCCCUGGUGGAUCCAUCAUCUCUCCGGGGUCUGCCCCAGCACGAGGCACUCAAACUCCUUUCUUUACAGCCAUUUCAGACUGGUUUUCUUGUCCAGCCAGACGGUGGGAUGGUAGUAAAGCCAGUUUGUGGCGAGACUGGAAUGGAACUGGCUGACAUACAGCAGAUCCUCAAAGUGGCUUCUGCUGCCCCAAACCAGAUCAGUCUCCCUCCCUUGUCCAAGGCACCAUGCAGUGCAGUGCAGUCAAACUACAAGCAGAUGCCCCCACUCAAGCCAAAGCCUCUGGUGGCUCCCAGGACCAAUAUGACAACCUCCACUCCUCCUCCCCUUUUAAGCACCCAGCAGGCAUCACUUGGUUGUAUCAGCCCCAGUCUACCACCACCUGCUGGCCAGUUCCCAAAGGCUGCCAAGGAACUGUCUCCAUCUUCAUCUUCAUCAUCUUCUACUUGCACCCAGGCUUCUGUUGAAAAAAUGCAAAUGGAAGCUGAUUGCAUGGGUGAUGCCCACACUCCCAUGGACACAGAUGACCAACAAAUUAAGCAGGCAGAAGACAAGAUAAGGGAGCCAUCUGGAAAGAAGGGAGCAGGUCGCAAAGGUUCAUACCCCUGUCGCUUUUGUGACCAGGUAUUUGCAUAUUCAGGGGUACUACAGGCACACAUGCGUUAUCAUCUGGGUAUCUUGCCCCACCAGUGCAAUAUUUGUGACUAUGUUGCUCCUGACAAAGCCACACUGAUUCGUCAUCUGCGCACUCACAGUGGUGAGCGUCCUUACGUCUGCCGAGUCUGCCAUUACCCAUUCACUGUUAAAGCCAACUGUGAACGCCACCUUCGCAAGAAACACAUGAAGAACACUCGUAAGGAAAUUGAGAAAAAUAUCAAGUACGUUACCUCAUCCACGUCGACGCCCGAUGAAUUAGAACAAACUGGCUCAGGUGACACUGUCUGUCAUUUAUGUGGUGAGGACCUUAAGACCUACCGAGCCCUACAGAUCCACGUGCGUAUCCACAAUGGUUUCCAGAGAAAGCCAUUUGAGUGUAAAUGCUGUGGAGCGGCCUUUUUGGCCAAGCGUAACUGUAUCCACCACCUACUGAAACAGCACCCUGAGAUCAAAGAGCAGGACAUAGAAGAGCAUAUAGCUACCAUCACUGUUGCUCCAUCUCAGACAAGCCCUAAACCUUCUCCACUCAAUGGACUGCCACCAAGUGCUUUGCUUUGUCCCAUUAAAAUGGAGGAUCUGUGUAUCUAUAAUGCAGAUCAGGACCAACCGCUGGACUUCUCAAACAAAAACCGGGGAGGUAACAAUGCUGGAAACAUCACUGUUUCUCCUCGAAUCAAGAUGGAGUCUUCCACUUAUGAUGAUUCCAUGGAGCCCAUUGAUCUCUCUAUUCCCAAGAAUCCAGAUAAAACGAUGAAGUUAAAUACUGAUGCAGUGUUGCAAAAAGAAGUAAAAAAGGAGCAGACAUUCCUUAACAUAAUGGAUCACACACCUGUCCCGGGCCUACAAACAGACAGAGCCAUUGAUGAGAAACCCCAGCCGCUUGGGUGCUACCAGCUUCCCACUGCCUUGACCACUGUUGGUGCAACCAGUGCAGCAGGUCGUGCCUCGCGGUUAAAACCCCUGCUACCUAAACCAAAUUCUGCUGGUGUGAAGGAGCUCCCACCAUUGGCCUCCAUUGCCCAGAUUAUCUCUUCUGUCUCUGGUGCCCCCGACCUCCUGAAACGAGAUAGUCCUAAUGGCUGUCCUGAUUCUGCCUCAGACACCUCAGCUGAGCAGUUUCCCCAAGAGGGAUCCAAAAGGAGAAGCAAUAAAAGACAAACCAUCAACACAGCUAGGGAAAAGAGAGAAAAGCCUACAAUGAAUUCAACAGACCCUAGUGUUGACCUAGAGUCCAGUGGGGAAUUUGCCAGUGUGGAGAAGAUUCUGGCCACCAGUAAUGCCAAUAAAUUUAGCACCUACUUAAAAACCAACAUAAUGGAACUAGAAAGGAAAGAAGAAGAGCAAUCAUGUAAUGGUGACAAGAAGGAAGCAAAAGAUGAAAAACAGACGCAAGCCAAGCAGACCCCACAGCCUCAGCAGUCCAAAGGGAAGAAGAAUGCAUACUCAAACUCCGUGCAAAAAAUGACUUGCCCGUUCUGUCCCAGAGUCUUUCCAUGGGCCAGCUCACUCCAACGCCACAUGCUGACACACACAGAGAGCAUGUCUGAAACGGAGCUCCUUAGCGGUGAGGCAAUGGAGCUGACAAAUUCUGGAGCUGAAAAGCCAGCUGCAUCGGAUGCUGAGAAACCCUCCCCAGCCAAACCCACAGAGGCAGCUGCAGUAAAGCCUCUCCUCCACCAGGGGGAGCCAGAACACCAAGAUGUGCAAGAGUCGUUGAAGAGAAAAAGCACAGUUAAUGAUGACGAUACCCACAGCAAUAAGAGCCUGGACCUGAACUUUGCCAGCAAAUUAAUCGACUUUACGUUCUCAGAGAGCGAACAACACGGGUCCUCUCUUGCAGUAGACAGCGAUUCACAUGAACCGGAAGAGUCCAAGCUGACCUGCAAGAGCUGCAACAAGAGCUUCAGAUACCCUGCCACUCUGGCACGACAUGAAAAAGUUCACGUGUUAGAAAGUACAGCCGAUGUCACUAAUGUGGACUCCAAAGUGGACGACGCGGCAGAGUCUUGUGAACCGAAAAAGGAUGACGUAGAAGACGAGGUAGAGAAAGUGGAGCGAAACGGGAUGGCAGAAAGUGAAGGAGCAGGAAGUGCGAUGGACAGUGGCUCUGAGGACGACAGGGAGGAGAGGAGUGAUGAAGAAGGAGCUGCGAGUGAACCAAAGAACUGUGAAGGGGGGGCUGAAUUGUCUGGGGGCAAAACUGACAAGAGGAAGAAGAUAUGUGGGGUGUGUGGCAAACGCUUCUGGAGCCUUCAGGAUCUGACAAGACACAUGCGCUCUCACACAGGUGAGCGGCCCUACAAGUGUCAGACCUGCGAGCGCACAUUCACCCUGAAACACAGCCUGGUCAGGCACCAGCGUAUCCACCAGAAACCCCGUGGUGCAGAUGGAGACAUGGGGAGAGCUGGAGAGGAGGAGGGAUUCAGCGGGGGCUCAGGUAGUGAGAGGGAAUCCAGCACGAACCCUCCAUCUGAAAACGAUCGUGAAAGCACGAAGGAGAAAGAGCACGAGUCUGCCUCCGCCACAACUAGGGAGCCGGAACAUAAUAAAGAAGCUUCCAUCACAGACAAUGUAGAAACCACACCAGCUAUAGAGACACCCAAAGAUACUCCAGCAGAGGAACUAGCCUCAGAUUCACCCACAGAGGUGGAGCAACCAGACGGAUUUCUGCAAGACUUGCUGGAGAUCCAUUCCAAGCCUGAUAUUGAGCGCAUCCUCCCUACCAGUGAGCCUCCUCUCCUCGGGGUGGAGUGAAAAGCGUAACUCCAGUGCGAGUGCCAUACAAUAAGUACUUUUGUACUGCAAAACAUUUUUAAACAGCAACAAAAAGACCAUUUACAAGUGCCUUGCUACUUUAUUAUUAUUAUUUUUUUUUUUUGCUAUAUCUUUAUCUAUUACCAGAUGAUUUAGUUGAUUUUUAGAGUAUUUUAUAAAAAACCUUUUUUUUUUUUUUUUUUUUUUGGAAAAUGUCACAUUUGAGCAAUAAAUAAAUGAAACAAUUUGGUAUAAUGAUUUUUAUAUGAUUAAGGGACUGAACAGAGGAUGGUCAUAUGAGGUUGCAAACAAGCUGGCACAUGGCUACUGAAACUACUGUGUGACGAUUUGUGCAUACGAAUAUAACUGGAAUAUGUACAACUGCGCUUAUUUUUUAAAGGGCUGUUCAUGGACUCAAAUCCACCUUUCAGCUUUAGUGAUAGAAAGGCCUCCGGAAUACCUGAAACAAUUAAUUGUAUUCUGGCUUUUGUAUGACAUAACAGAGGGCACGGCGAGUUGCAGAGGCUUCAGUCUGGAAGGCAAAGCUGUAUUAUGGGUAACCCUCUGAGUAGCGUGCAACAACAUUCAGCAUAUAAUAUCUGGGCAAUAUUUGCCUAUAAUAGCAUGAUUUUGUUUCCAGCUACGCUGACCAUGUCAGACAUCAUGUUUUAAACUUUUUUUUUUUGGGAAGAAAGUCAAGGACAAGCUUUUUAUUAUUGAUGGAAGUGCAGUGUUUUUUUUUUUGUUUUGUUUUGUUGUUUGUUUUUUUUUUUUGUUUGUUUGUUUUAAUCUAAAGGGCUCAAGAAAAAGGGCUCUAGCUCCAGUAUCACCUACAAAACACAAACAGAUCUCAACAGAAGGAAAGUCCUGUGUCCAGGUUAAAUGUCUUCCAAAACCCUUCUACUUCAGGCCUUACUUGUGUUUCUCCAGAGGUUUAACACAGGCCUCCUGCGUCCAAAUGCUAGUUUUUCUCAUUACUUGAAAGUUGUCACCCUGCUGCCUCCUGUCUGGCUACGGCACCAGUUCCAGGACCAUCAUCCUCCUGAGCAUCUCUCCUAAUAGGAUAUCAGGUCAAUCAUAUGAUCACAUGUGGAGUUGGGUAUUUCUGUCAUUUUACUUUUCUCUCAAAUGUGUAAACCUCAGACUCAAAGCGAACCUCAAAGAGCAGCAAACCGAACUGAUUACGGCAUUUUCCAGACCAGUCCUCGCUGACUGGACGAGUCCCAUUUACCACAGUCACCUCCGGUGUUUUACAGGAAACAAAAACCUUUUUGAAUUUGUGGCGUGAGCGCUAGGAAACAGAGUAUUAGCAAGCGAGCAUUUCUUUGACAGGUGAUGAGCAAUCCGGUAUUGGAUGACGUAUUUCCUCACCGCAGUGGCCACUGGCAUAAGACGGAUGAACUUGAAUGAAAAAUGCAAUCUCUUACUCAGUCUGCGUGUUGUAUUCUGAGACUCUGGUUCUCCUAAUGCCUUUUCCUGGGUUGCUAUGUGUGAGUGUGUUGCAUGUAUAUCCGUGUGUGUGUGUGUGUAUUCCUGUUGAGAAUGCACACAGACUGUUUUAAAUGUAUUUAUUGUAACCCAGUGUGGUUAAAGAAGUAAAAAUAUGGAGAAGCCAUGUAUUAAUUAUGCUGCAGAGAGAAAUGUUUCAGAUUCAAUACUUUAUUAGCCCAGCUGAUCUGGGUCUUCUUUUUCCCCUAGCAAUAAUCACUAUUGAUCCAAAGGCUUUAUGUAGAUGUUUUUAAUGUUUUAUAGACUCUGUGGUCUACUUUCUCUCUUUUGUUGGCUAUCAUUAUUAUCAUUAUUAUAUCAGUUUGGAUGAGAUAUGAGGUUUUUCUUUCUUUCUUACAAAAUAUACAAGGCAUAUAAAACUGUGAAAUGUAUUGUUUUUCUCUUCUGGGUAAAUCUUUAGGGUAGUUUUUGCAUGUUAACCAUUUUAUGUUCUAUUAAAUGGGUAUUUUUCUGUUCCUUCCUUCUCACACUGUCUAGCUCUCAGGGUUUUUACAUGAUGCUUAUUUGAAAUGUACCUUCCUGAGUUGCAAAUAUUCUCCCCAACUCUUGAUUUUGGAGCAAGUCGAACUGUCAAUCACUACUUCUAGCACUUGACUGUGAAUUAAAACAAGUGGGUGGAUAUACUGAAUCCAUGCACACCCACAUUCCUCUCAUCACUUUGCUUAUUUUCUGGUUGUUUUUUUUGUUUGUUUUUUUUUCCUGGUUGUUUUCUUCCUGGUUCCUUCAUGCCCUUUUCUCCUUCCCCUAUGGCAAAAACUAGAAAUCAGUACAGUCUUGCCACCUACAGAUUGAUAUUAAAGGGAGCUUCGCAUCGCUGCUACACACAAAAAGUAAUUCUACUGGACUUGAACAGAACCAGAAUCCUUGAUAGUAUUUUGGUACACUACUCCUGCUCUUCACAUGAGUGCUUUUGAAAUCAGAAAUUUAAGCUGUUCUGUAUCAAACCUUUAAAGCAAUAAAAUUGUAUUAAUGCAAAAUGAUGUUUCGUGUGUCAGCUUUGGUUAUAAAUUUCUGUUUGGUACAGUUUUUUCCCCCUCUAACAGGACCAUAGGCAUAUCAGGCUGUUGUGGCUUAGUGACUAAGACGCUUGGGGUGCUAUAAUGUUACUCUGACUCCUAAUAUGAGAAGAAAGGAAUUCCAGUGUACUUAUAAAAACAAAUACGUUUAGUUAAAGUUGUUCGGCUGGCUGACAGGAUCUACAGGGUGUCUCGAAAGUCUCCAUGCAUAGGGGAAAUUAACCCUUUUUUUUUUUUUUAAGCAAAAUGUCUUCUAAACUUUUUCAUACUUGGUUUAUAUUUUUCAGACAGCCUUUAAGCAUGCCUUUGACAAAAGAACGUAUUGAAAUCAUUCUCAUGGCUGGUUCUGCAAGAUGCUCAAUAAAAUGUACAGGUCAUUUCCUUAUAAAACUGAACUAAUUGUACUGGAGACUAUUAAUACAAUUUUUUAAAGCAAAGGGUUGUCACCUAAAAUAUCAGCUUUGUUUCCUUUAUUUCUGAUUACUGCUCUUAAUAGUAUUUUUUUUAAUGUAGGAACAUUUAAUUUCAUUUUUGGUGAAGGCAUCUUUGCUCUUCAGCAUCUCUUUGUAUGUGCCUAAGACUGUACAGUGUCUU